UAGAGGACGGGGCGGAGGGGGGCGAUGGCCUCGUCGGUGGUGCGGGCCACGGUGCGCGCCGUCAGCAAGCGGAAGAUCCAGGCUACGCGCGCCGCCCUCACCCUGACCCCAUCAGCUGUUCAGAAGAUAAAGCAGCUUCUUAAAGAUAAACCUGAGCAUGUAGGCGUGAAAGUAGGUGUUCGAACAAGAGGAUGCAACGGACUUUCUUACACGUUAGAAUAUACAAAAUCGAAAGGAGACUCUGAUGAAGAAGUAGUUCAAGAUGGGGUUAGAGUGUUUAUUGAGAAGAAGGCACAGCUGACGCUUCUAGGAACGGAAAUGGACUAUGUAGAAGACAAACUGUCCAGUGAAUUUGUCUUCAAUAAUCCAAACAUCAAAGGAACAUGUGGCUGUGGAGAAAGCUUUAACAUCUGAAAUCUCAGGACUACUUCCUUGACUUUGAACACUGCAAAACACUUACUAUUAUGGCUUUUGGAAGCAAAUGCAUUUCUUUCAGGUUCGUAGGCUACAUAAAGUGUGGAUAACAUUAAGAAAAAUAAAUCAUUUUGAAAAUGUAAAUUGUGUGUUAAACUCCACUGCUGAUGUAGUUAUGCUGUAAUUUGUGAUGAAUUGGGAUCCAAAAGGUAAGAACAGUAAGUGCUGUAGUAACAUCUCUGUACUUUCACAUGCCAAGGAAAUAAAAUCUCACUGCUCUUU